AUGGUAGUUGACGAAGAAGAAACCCAACGCUAUUUCACAAGAGGUCGACUUACUCGUGGUCGAGGCUUAAGGAAGACAACUGGAUGUGCCACGUGUCGUCGCCGUCACGUUAAAUGUGAUGAGAAGAAGCCUGUCUGCAGCGGUUGUGAGAGGACGAAACACCAUUGUACUUAUGAUCCGCCACGUCCGCCCAACAGACAACAGGCCCGUGUUUUGAACCAGCGUCAUAAACAGAGUGAAAACAGCAAUGCACUAAGACAGCCCAGAUCAACGCCGGAUGCUCAAUCAGAUAGUCCCAGUGAGCCGACAAAUCUCCCACUAGCCGCCAAGCCAACUGAUGAGCAACCACAACCGAGCACGAGCGAACUUCUUUCGAAUAUCAUUAUUGAUGGUGGCGUGGUCACUGGCAAUUCACCGACUCUUGCAAACAAUGAAGUUUUGAAUUUCCAACAAGAAUCCCCCGUACAGGUUUCGACAGAAGCAACAAGCACAAGCAUCACCCCACAUGCUUCAACGACCACAAGCAGUUCUUUUGGAGCCAAUUUGGAGAAUGCCACGGCAAUAUGGGUUGACCUGUUGUUACAAGAUGCUGCCAUUCAGGAGCUUGAUUUGGCCAACUUCGACGUCGAUACAGAGAGUUUCAAUGUUCUUGGAAGCUCGGUCGUGAAGUCACCAGUAGUUAGAAGACCUUUGCCGAGGCUUGCUGAAAACGGCUCACCUCCAACUCCGUGCACAUCCAACUCUUACUUGCUUGAAAGGGAUUCGAACCUAAAUGAUUUUCACCAAUUUGAAAAGCAAAAUUGGUAUUCGAAAAACGCUUUGCAAAUCUCGCGGCACGAACAUAACGUUUUUCAAAAUUUUGUAAAGCACAUCAGUCUAUGGAUGGACUUUUUCGAUCCAAAAAGACCAUUUGGGACUCAUGUUCCUCAGCUCGCUAUGCAUAAUAUUGGCCUUAUGAACGCAAUUCUCGCACUCUCAGCGCGUCAUCUAUCCUUGAAUACUUACUCUGGUGACAAAAGUACUCAAGAUCCAAACGACGCAUUAAGAUACUACUACAAGACUCUUCAUUAUAUUCAAGAGGCGAUGCAAUACGACUCAUACAAGACGAGUCUCGAACUACUGGCUACCUCUUCUAUCGUGUCCGCCUACGAAAUGCUAGACGGAUCCAGACAAGACUGGGAGAGACACUUGAAGGGCGUCUUUUGGAUACAACGCUCUCAAGUAAUCCACGGCGACUCAAUGGGAUUGAAGCAGGCAGUCUGGUGGGCGUGGCUUUGCCAGGAUGUCUGGGCCGCUUUUCGUGAGAAGCGGCGUCCGUUCACGUUCUGGAAACCACUGAAGACAUUCGAUGAACUGGAUCCCUACGAGCUUGCCGCUCGGUCCGUCUAUAUAUUCGCCCAGGUUGUAGGGUUUUGCUCACAUGAGGAUAUUGAAGCAGGGAAGCGCGACCCCCUUGCUAGGAUCGCUGCAGCAGAUGCGCUCAAAGAUAGAUUGGAAGACUGGAGGCAACAUCUAACAGCAGAAUUUCAGCCCCUUCCAUACGCCACUUGCGCUGAUAAUGUCUUUGAACCCAUUUGGAUACACCCACCCGUGUUCGCGGUAGCGUUUCAAAUCUACUAUUGUGCGCAUAUAUUACUGCUCCUAAAUUCCCCGCUGCUAGGGGGCUUAGAGCAAUAUACCCGGCAACGAACGCGAUUGAUGGAAUGUGUGAAGAAGGUGUGUGGGAUAGGUAUGACACUGUCGGACUACCAGUCAAGUAUCAUGUGCUCUCAAUGUUUAUUCAUUGCCGGCAUACCCAUCGAAAGCAGCAAGGAACGCACCUGUGUUCUUGAAUUGCUAGAAAACUGCCGCCAGCGGUCGGGCUGGCCGGUUAACCCUCUGAGCGAAGAACUUAGAGCACAUUGGAAAGCCUAA